AACUGCAUCUCCCAGCAUUCCUCGCGGCGGGCGGCCGUAAAGCGCGGCGGUCGAACGGCCGGUUCCGGCUGAAUGUCAGUGCGGGGCUGUGGGCCAGGGAGGAAGGUGGUUGGCGGUGUCCCCACCACCCGCGCCGCUGCCUCCUCUGCUUGUGCCGCCGCCACGGGCGCCCGGCCGGCCGGCCGCUCGGGCAUGAGACCGUGAGGCCAGCGACUGGCCGGGACCGCCGAGAUGUUUGGCCGCUCGCGGAGCUGGGUGGGCGGGGGCCAUGGCAAGUCUUCGCGCAACAUCCACUCCCUGGACCACCUCAAGUAUCUGUACCAUGUGUUGACCAAAAAUACCACCGUCACAGAACAGAACAGGAACCUGCUGGUGGAGACCAUCCGAUCCAUCACCGAGAUCCUGAUCUGGGGGGAUCAGAAUGACAGCUCUGUAUUUGACUUCUUCCUGGAGAAGAACAUGUUCGUUUUCUUCUUGAACAUCCUGCGGCAGAAGUCAGGCCGCUACGUGUGCGUUCAGCUGCUGCAGACCCUGAACAUCCUCUUUGAGAACAUCAGCCACGAGACCUCACUCUAUUAUUUGCUCUCUAAUAACUAUGUAAAUUCUAUCAUUGUCCACAAAUUCGAUUUUUCUGAUGAGGAGAUUAUGGCAUAUUACAUAUCGUUCCUGAAAACGCUUUCAUUAAAACUCAACAACCACACGGUCCAUUUCUUUUACAAUGAGCACACUAAUGACUUCGCCCUGUAUACAGAAGCCAUCAAAUUUUUCAACCACCCUGAAAGCAUGGUCAGAAUUGCUGUAAGAACCAUUACUUUAAAUGUCUACAAAGUGGAUAACCAGGCCAUGCUACACUAUAUCAGAGACAAAACCGCCGUCCCUUAUUUCUCCAAUUUGGUCUGGUUCAUUGGGAGCCACGUGAUCGAGCUUGAUAACUGUGUACAAACAGAUGAAGAGCACCGGAAUCGGGGGAAGCUCAGCGACCUGGUGGCUGAGCACCUGGACCACCUGCACUAUCUCAAUGACAUCCUCAUCAUCAACUGCGAGUUCCUCAACGACGUGCUCACGGACCACCUGCUCAACAGGCUCUUCCUGCCGCUCUACGUGUACUCACUGGAGAACCAGGACAAGGGAGGAGAGCGACCGAAGAUCAGCCUGCCGGUUUCUCUCUACCUUCUCUCCCAGGUCUUCCUAAUUAUACAUCAUGCACCCCUGGUGAACUCGUUAGCUGAAGUCAUUCUGAACGGCGAUCUGUCUGAGACAUACGCUAAGCCCGAACAGGAUGUUCAGAGAAGCUGUGCCAAGCCGAGCAUUCGGUGUUUCAUUAAACCCACCGAGACGCUAGAGCGGUCCCUUGAGAUGAACAAGCACAAGGGCAAGAGGCGGGUGCAAAAGAGACCCAACUACAAAAACGUUGGGGAGGAGGAAGACGAGGAGAAAGGGCCUGCCGAGGAUGCCCAGGAAGACGCCGAGAAGGCUAAAGAGAUAGAGAUGGUGAUCAUGGAGCGCAGCAAGCUCCCGGAGCUGGCCGCCGGCGCCUCCGUGCAGGAGCAGAACACCACGGACGAGGAGAAGAGCGCCGCCACCGGCCUGGACAGUGUCCAGUGGAGCAGACCCUUCCUGGAUAUGGUGUACCACGCCCUGGACAGCCCGGAUGACGACUACCACGCGCUAUUCGUGCUCUGCCUGCUGUACGCAAUGUCUCACAACAAAGGCAUGGAUCCUGAGAAACUCGAGCGAAUCCAGCUUCCAGUGCCCACUGCGGCCGAGAAGACCGCUUACAACCACCUCCUGGCUGAAAGACUCAUCAGAAUCAUGAACAAUGCGGCCCAGCCAGACGGCAAGAUCCGUUUGGCGACACUGGAGCUGAGCUGUCUGCUCCUCAAGCAGCAAGUCGUGACCAGCACGGGCUGCAUCAUAAAGGACGUGCACCUGGCCUGCCUGGAGGGAGCCCGAGAAGAAAGCGUCCACCUGGUGCGGCAUUUCUAUAAGGGAGAAGAAAUCUUUUUGGACAUGUUUGAAGAUGAGUACAGGAGCAUGACGAUGAAGCCCAUGAACGUGGAAUAUCUCAUGAUGGACGCCUCUAUCCUGCUGCCCCCGACGGGCACGCCGCUGACCGGCAUCGACUUUGUGAAGCGACUGCCAUGUGGUGACGUGGAAAAGACCCGGCGGGCCAUCCGGGUGUUCUUCAUGCUCCGUGCCCUGUCCCUGCAACUGCGGGGGGAGCCCGAGACCCAGCUGCCACUGACGCGAGAGGAAGACCUGAUCAAAACGGACGACGUCCUCGACCUGAACAACAGCGACCUGAUUGCAUGCACGGUGGUCACCAAGGACGGCAGUAUGCUCCAGCGGUUCCUGGCCGUCGAUAUUUACCAGAUGAGUUUGGUGGAGCCCGACGUGUCCAGGCUGGGCUGGGGAGUGGUCAAGUUCGCAGGCCUUCUGCAGGACAUGCAGGUGACCGGCGUGGAGGACGACAGCCGCGCCCUGAAUAUCACCAUCCACAAGCCUGCGUCCAGCCCCCACUCCAAGCCCUUCCCCAUCCUGCAAGCCACCUUCAUCUUCUCAGACCACAUCCGCUGCAUCAUCGCCAAGCAGCGCCUGGCCAAGGGCCGCAUCCAGGCGAGACGCAUGAAGAUGCAGAGGAUAGCAGCCCUUCUGGACCUUCCGAUCCAGCCGGCAACUGAGGUCUUGGGGUUUGGACUCGGCUCAUCCUCCACCCAGCACCUGCCCUUCCGCUUCUACGACCAGUGCCGCCGCGGCAGCAGCGACCCCACGGUGCAGCGCUCCGUGUUCGCCUCUGUGGACAGGGUGCCAGGCUUUGCAGUGGCCCAGUGCAUAAACCAGCACAGCUCGUCCUCGCUGUCCUCGCCCUCGCCGUCGGCCAGCGGGAGCCCCAGCGGCAGCGGGAGCGCCAGCCACUGCGGCUCCGGAGGCGCCAGCUCAUCAUCCACCCCCUCGGCCGCCCAGAGCCCUGCAGAUGACCCCAUGAUCACGGAGCAGCCUCAGCCUAACCUCCCCGACCAGUUGGUGAUCGUCAACGAAACAGAAGCCGAGGCCAGGCCCGGCAAGAGCCUGGCGAGGAGCACGGACAUGGAGCCCGUCACCCUGUCGCCCAGCCUCACCCCCGCCCAGCAGCCCACCAUCUCCCUGCUCUGCGAGGACACUGCAGACACGCUGAGCGUGGAGUCGCUGACCCUCGUCCCGCCCGUCGACCACCACAGCCUCCACGCCCUCACCGGCAUCCCGCCGCCACCCUCGCCAGCCACGGUGGCCACAGAGGCCCCGGGCUCGGGGGCUGGGCAGCCAGAGCCAGCAGACCCCGCCGAGCCCUGAGCUGGCCACCUUCAACGCGUACGUGUGCGUGUGUGUGUGUGUGUGUGUGUGGCCCCGCUGGCAGGGACCUGGACCGGCUGACCCCACUCCGGGAACAUUCACAGUUCUUCUCGACCCCAGGGAGCACUUCAAACCACCCUCGGGCUCCUCUGCUCCAAUUCUAAUCCCCCUUUGACUUCACACCUCUUUGAGUGCAGGCUGGGACCAGUGGCAACACCCCCAGGGAACCCAGAUCAUCCUACAGCCGCCUCAGGGAGGGGGCUGGGCUCCUGGUCUCAGAGCCCUCGGCCCUGGGGGUGGGGGGGUGCAGUGGCAGGACCCAUCAGCAGCACUCGGUUCAUCAGCCAGCCCUUCCCCUGUCUUGGAGGUCCUCUGCCACCACCCACAGUGUGCAGAGAAGCAGCGGACGUGGUCACUUCUUGUAGAAAUUUCUAGAAAAGCGAACUUCGAUAAACACCUCCUUGGGAUAUUUAUCCUUGCUUUUGGCAGCAGAUGAAAAACAGCUAUUUAAAAAGUUCAAAAAAAAAAAAAGAAAGAAACGUCCUCCGCCCUAAGGUUUGAUGUCAUGUUAAAAGUGUAAUAUUCCUGUAGAGAUUUCGUUUUCAUUUUCCCUUGAAGUUCCCAGGAUUUGCGGUUUAGAGUUUUCUGUCUGGCCUUCUCCAUUGUCUUAAGGGAUUCUGACUUCUUUGUUUCUCACUAACCCGGCGAGCCUGUGGAAUGAUAGAAAUUCUUCUGGAAAGUUUAAAGUAUUGUUUAAGCAUAAAUAAGGGAGAGACACAUAUCCUCAGGUACAUACAGAGCUGAGAGGGCCAUAAGUUUCUCUGCCGUGGCAGCCCAGGGCGUCACCCAGAUCUUUCCAUGAAAAGGGGGACUGUGGUCAGGUCCCCUCCCCAUCCUUCUGGACUAAAACCAAACAGGACAGCUUUCCAGCGUGGCCUUCAAUUGUCACCGUCUCUCCACUUGCCUAAGAAAGAACUGUGUGGGACUGCAGGGACUCUGGCCUCUGAGGCUCUGAUGGAAAGAAAAGGUCAUGGAAACCGUGCUCCAAGGCUGCUGCUCAGCUGUGUGGGUGCCCACAGGCAGGAACACCCCAAGGGUCACCCCCUGCCCAGCAGCGAGGACAUGAUGUCCUAGGAGCCUGGGUUUUGUCCCUCUUCCUCUCAGCUGCUGCUGUAAAGAUGCAAGCUCAUUUGUGUUUGGUUUUGUUUUGUAAUGAAAACCCCUGCUUCCUUCUCCAUUUGGGCUUGGUGUGUGCAGACCAGGUCUCCUCUAUCCGAUAAAGCUCCCAAGAUGUUCUUUCUGCUCAAACCAGGCACAGCCAAGCGACCCUCACCUCACUGAUCGAUGUUCAGACCUUGCAGAAUUGGCUUCCACGUGUUCCCACAAGAGUGUGAGCACCCACCGUGUCAGCACUGGCCGGGCUGGGUUAUCAAGCGGCCUCAGAAAAUGCUACGCAAACUCACCUGUUGGAGGACCCUGUCCCCCUCACCUCCUCCUCCAUCUGCAAUCAGGCAGGGCCUGCCUGGGCAGAGUCACCCUCCUGAAGGAAACACCCGGUUCCCCCGAGGAAGGGGCAUGGCAUCUGUGGGACAGGUCUUUCCAGCCAUCAGAAGCCCCUGGGCAGGUGAGACCAGCCAGCACCAUCCGGAGAAAAGACCCAGCUCAGACAGGGCCAUUUCGGCAGAAAUUCCAGGGGCCCCAGCAAGGAGGGACAAGCCAUGACCUUCAGCGGAGCCCUCCGGAAAGGACAGGCAGCGGGGACAGAAAGAUGGAGAAAGUGUGUGUUGUCAAGGGGGGACCCCACUGGUGCCCCUGGCUGGAUGAGGCGCAGGAUCGCUCCGGAGCCCCCCACUUCUACUUUUGAAACGAUUUUGGAGCAGCAGAAAGGAGGAAAGGCCAGUGACAUUAUUCUGAGGAAGAAGCCCAGGCAGGUGGACCCAGCCCUUCAAGCUCUGAAGGAGCAAGGUCUUGGCCAGCAGGGACCACGUGCCCGGAAGGACCCGGGGCAGCAUCGCCAGGCGGGAGAGCUAAACGCAGACCGGCCUCCAUGGGCUGUUGAGCAGAAGGUGCAAUCAGGCCAGGCUUCCACCCCAUGCCUGGCCCAGGGGCAGACCUCUCCCUAGGUGGGCUCGCAGGGUUGGUCCCGGGCCGCCCACAGCCUGCUGGCAGCCAGAUCCCCACUGUCUGGGCAACACUGGGCACAGCCGUGUCUUCAGGAGCACCCCUGAAAAGCGAACAGUGGGGGCACCUCCAGAGGGGCCCUUCUAGACAGCAGGCACUGGGUCUCCGGGGCAGAGAGAGUUAGAACCAGGAAUUCUUGGUGAGCCUGAGGGGGGCGGGGGCCAUGGCCACGUGACACAUGGGUACCAGACUCAGAUCACCAUCCCUCCAUUUCCACAUCCUCCAGAGACCGGGUUUGCCAAGUCAGGGGCAGAGCUGGUCACAUCUACCCCCAAAUAUCAGCUUUGAAAGUGGCUA